CAUGCUCAGUGGCACGGCCGGCUCGGUGGCCCGCGAGCUGCACCCGGAUCUGUGCGGCGGCGGCGGCGACGUGAGCGCGCAGGGGGGCGGCGGCCUCGCCUCGUCUGUGUCUCGGCGCCGGGCUCGGGUGGGUGACGCGCAGUGCCGGGGCAAUGUCGGAUUUUGACAGCAACCCCUUUGCGGAUCCGGAUCUCAACAACCCGUUCAAGGACCCAUCUGUCACACAGGUGACAAGAAAUGUGCCACCGGGACUUGAUGAAUAUAAUCCUUUCUCUGAUUCUAGAACGCCUCCACCAGGCGGUGUGAAAAUGCCUAACGUACCCAACACCCAGCCAGCAAUAAUGAAGCCGACCGAGGAGCAUCCGGCUUACACACAGAUCACAAAGGAGCAUGCCUUGGCUCAAGCCGAGCUUCUCAAGCGCCAAGAGGAGCUGGAGAGAAAAGCUGCAGAGUUAGAUCGUCGAGAGCGAGAGAUGCAGAACCUGAGUCAGCACGGGAGAAAAAAUAAUUGGCCACCUCUUCCUAGCAAUUUCCCUGUGGGGCCUUGUUUCUAUCAAGACUUUUCUGUAGACAUUCCCGUAGAGUUCCAGAAGACAGUGAGGCUUAUGUACUACUUAUGGAUGUUCCAUGCGGUAACCCUGUUCCUGAACAUCUUCGGAUGCCUGGCUUGGUUUUGUGUUGAUUCCUCAAGAGCAGUUGACUUUGGACUCAGCAUCCUGUGGUUCUUGCUCUUUACCCCCUGUUCAUUUGUCUGUUGGUACAGGCCGCUCUAUGGGGCCUUCAGGAGUGACAGUUCCUUCAGGUUCUUCGUGUUCUUCUUCGUCUAUAUUUGUCAGUUUGCUGUACAUGUGCUCCAGGCUGCAGGAUUUCAUAACUGGGGAAACUGUGGUUGGAUCUCAUCCCUCACUGGUCUCAACAAGAACAUUCCGGUCGGGAUCAUGAUGAUCAUAAAAUUUAAAGACAUUAAAUUAUUUAAGUGCUCGAUGGCAUGCCCCCAGUACACACGAAGUAAAACGAGCAGCGUGGAGUCAGGGCGGUGCCAUGACGGGGUGCAUGGACUGUAUCGCACAACAGGUGCUAGCUUUGAGAAGGCCCAGCAAGAGUUUGCAACGGGAGUGAUGUCCAAUAAAACUGUUCAGACAGCAGCUGCAAACGCCGCGUCCACCGCAGCAACCAGCGCCGCACAGAAUGCCUUCAAGGGUAACCAGAUGUAGCGAGCCUCCUCAGAGCGGUUCUCCAUUCCCUUAUGACUGUGUUUUUUUCUCCAGUUACUGUAUUCUACAGAUAUUUUUAUGUUGGAAACACACAGUACAUAAAGCAUGGGUAUUUCCUAUCCACAUGUGCAUGGUCUAAAAACCAGAGAAACUUCCUAGUCUUAUUACUUUGCCUAAUAGUUUCUUACUAUUUCCAUGCCCCUCACAGAAGAAAACUAUCAUCUGCAAAACAAAUAUUCUCCAUAUUUUUGGGGGAUGGUGUUCCUCAGAUUAUUUCAGUGGUGACACACUGAAAUGAGUAUGUUACUGAAGAUUUAAAAGGCACUCGAUGCUAGCCACAGAAGCUCUUCCAAGAGGCAGUAGAGACACAGAUUAUACAUUGCAAAUGAAACAACCUUUGUUUCCUUUUCCCCCCCCUGUAUUAGUACGGAAGGAACAAGGUCAGCCAAGGCUUGCGGUGUUUUGAAAUUGGCUUGCUUUAUAUGAGGUUCAGUCACCAGAGAGGAGCCUGCGUGCUCUGUAGUAGAUAAUGUAUAUUUUACCUUCUUUUAUUUUAUUUUUAGACUAGUUGAUAUUUUGAUAACAAUCUCUGAUCUUGCAUGGGCACCACGUCUCUUAAGUGAAAUGAAUUAGUAUUUUGGGUUCUGUACUGCUAUAGUUGUAGGAUCUGGGGCUCUUUAUAGAAUCAGAAAUGAUUUUCUGUAAUAGUUUCUUUUAAGUAAAAAUUUACUGGAGUAUAAAGACUUUAAUAUAAUGUGCAGUGCAUUAUCCAAAAGAGAGGGCAGUGAAUUGAUGAGCUAGUAUAUAGUGAUAAUUUCUUUUCCCCUCCUAAUUUCCAGUAUUCAUAGAGUAAAAUGUUACUGUAUGGAACUCUGGUGUAUUCUUCUGGCUGAUCUUUUUAAUUGAACUGGGAUUCGUGUUUGUAGCUCUGUGUGCGUGUGCGUGUGUGCGUGCGUGAGUGUGUGUGUGUAUGUAUGUGUGAGAGAGAGGGGUGGAGAUUUUGACACAGGUGUUAAAAGCUCGCCUAACCCUUGAAUAAAAAGAACACACAGUAUUUGAGGGAUUUCUCUUUCAGCCUCCCACCUUUAGUUGCAUUAAAAAUAAAAGACCCUUGUGCUUCUAAUGUCCUUGGCUUCUUAAUGGACCUGUCUUCUACUUUUAAGACAGACUAAAUUCAUGUGAAACAUUGCACCAAGCAGGGGACUGAAACUUCAGGCACUGUGAUCAUUAUUGAUGUCAUCAGAUUAACAUGGCUGUGAUGAGCGCACACGAUGUGGGUUCAGACUUCUGAUGAUGAUGAUGAUGAGGUGUCUCAGGAGCGUCUGUCAGGCGGCCUGUUGUAGAAGCCUCACUGGCUUUGGAUUGCAGAACGCUAGACUCACCCAAGCCGACUUUGAAUAGAGGUGGACUGUCGAAUGCAGGGCAUCCUUUCAAAAUGAACUGGACUGGUCGAGUCACGUUGUCCUCUCCCAAGGCUGCAGUCAGAGGGACUUGUGUGCAGAGCUGGGUGCAGUUCUUGGAGGUCGGUGGGUGCUGGGUUACACAUCCCCCAUGCAGGGCCACGUAGGUUUGCUUGGGAAUUGACUGAGUACAGUAGUUCAAAGAGGUUUCUUUGACUCAGGAAGAUGGAGAACUCAGAAAUGAAUUUGGAGUUGUGCUUUGGCUCCUUCCGAUCAGUGAGGAUCUCCUCCCUCCUCAACUGCCCAGGCCUUGCUGCUGCGGGCCGCGCUCGGUCCAGUAUGGCGUUAAUGGACACGGAGAGCGUUAAGACUGUAAAAGUGCACGUAAACACUGGUACUUCUAGUCCAAGUCCACCUUUAUUCCUCUCUGGGGUACAGAUAAGAGACACAUCAGAGAUUCAAAACGUGCUAAUAGUUUUUUUCUAAAUUGGUCCCUCUCCAUUAUGUGGAGGUCCCCAAGGGUAGUGUUAUCCAAUGGCAGAGAAUAGUUGUUACCCACAUUAUGUUUCUGUAUGAAGAAGAAAAAAGCUGUUUUCAGUCCAAUUGUUUGGAUUCUUACAAGUUUGAAAGAUUAUGUUGUGUGAAAACACAGAGGAGCAUUGAAGGGAUGGUGGCGUCUGCGGCUCAGUCAGGCGGGAGCAGCUCGAGACCUCUGCUCUCCUCUCAGCCACAGUCUGUCAGCAAUGCACCUCGGUUUCCUAUUUGAUACCAAUGUCACCGCAGCCAUGAGGCGAGCAUCCACGUGACCUUUCAGUUUGCAAUAUUAAAUGGUGACUAUUUUAUUUAAAACUAGGGUCUGAUCACUGGAAAAUGACUGCCUGGCGACUUGUGACUCGGGGCUUGGUUCAUUGCUCUAGGGACGUUUGUGUAUUCUGUAGGUGCGUGCACUCCUGCGCUGCCCUGUGGUGUGUCACGGCUCUGUGUGAACGCCCUCCACGUGGCCCUCUCAUGUUGCAUGUUUUCAGUGGUUUGGAAGUUUUGUAUAUUUAUUGUAUUAAAUGCAGAGUGUCAUAAAAUAAAAUAAUGUUUACUGGA